AUGGGUGAAAAGGAGAACCCGACAUCCGUUACGGAGGCUUGGGAAAUCGCACGGCGCGAGUUCGAGCGAUUGACGGGUAAACAACUCCAGCCGACUUCGGCCGCUGCGUUACAAGGUAUUCGUGACCAGAUCGAAGCCGGCCGUUCCUCGAAGGACCCGGAUGUUCAGAAGGCAAAGCAAGCUGGUCUACGAAUUAUAAAAUGUAUCCAGCUCUUGGGUGGAGUGGCCUCCCAGGCUGCGUCGCUGGUCUUUCCUCCGUCAGGCGUCUGCUUUAGUGCGCUGUCUUUCCUUCUCGAUAUUCCUCCGAAGCUCCAUGGCUUCCAUGCCGCUGUUGAUGGCAUCUUCCUCGAGGUUGAGCCGACGCUAGUGCAGUUCGAGAUGUACCGAGACAUUGAGAGCAAGGAUGCCGUUCAUCCCGACAUGGUCUUGGCCAUCAACAAGGUCAUGGUCAGUUUCGUGACUCUCUGUGCCAAGUGCAUCAAUUUCAGAGAUGGCGGCUUCUGGAUGCGCCUCAAGGCCAACCUGAAGAAGGCCAUGUUUGACGAGGCGGCCAUUCAAGACGAGCUGCAACAUUUUAAGAGCUUGAUUCAAACACAGAAGAUUAUCGAGGGUACAUGGACUAUUCAACAGGUUAUCGAGACCAAGCGAUCACUUCUUUUGGUCAAAGAUGAUACCGAGAAGAUAAUUAAGACCACGGAUGACAUUAAAGACAAGGUUGGGACUUUAUCCGCGGAACAACAGAAGCGUCGAACCGAACAGACGACCAAGAACCACCUGGAGAAGAUUCGAAAUACCCUGGGAAUCUCGGAAAACGAAGUCACAAGCGCAAUCAAUGUUUGCGACAGUCUGUGGAAAAGUACCGUCAAGGGGAGUGGAGAAUGGUUGAAUCAAGUGGACGUAUAUGUCAAUUGGGUCAAGAGAGAUCCCCCGGAGACAAGUCCUGUGCUUCUCUUGACUGGCGACGGUGGGUGUGGAAAGUCAGUGCUUGCAUCAGUUGUCUACAAAAAUCUUGAUAAACGAUCAUCCUCUUUGGCUCCGGAGACCGAACGGACGCUGGUUCAAAACGAAGGACGGACGCUUGUCGCUUACUAUGCCUUCUCUCCCACAGGAAAGAUUGACGACGACAAAACUCCUGCCGAGACAGCAUUGAAGUGUCUGUGUGUUCAACUUGCUCUGCAAGACGCCGCGUAUGCAAAGUGGCUAGCAGAGAGCUUCAAGGAUAGCGCAGAUGGAGCUAAGGAUGGAUCAGAUGUUCCCAAAGACCUCACGAAAGAUGCGAAGUACUUCCGGGAUGCAGACUGUCAACAGCUUUGGACCGACCUGAGACUUGGAGCCCCCACACAGACUGCAACCCACUUUUUGUUGCUUGAUGGGAUGGACAAUCUGCCAGCAAACAAGCUACAGGAGCUUGGAAGAGUCUUCCAAGGGAUCCAUGAAGCUCAAGGCUCUAACCCUCGCAAGAAAACACGCAGCGGAGCUAGAGUGCUUGUGUGUGGCAGCAUACAGAAGCUAGAGAACCUGGGGGAAGCGCCUGCUGAACCAUUAGCGUUCCCUGGGAUUGACGUUGGAUCAUGCAAUGGAGAUGACAUCGACAAAUACAUCGAGCGCGAGCUGCAAAACUCGGAUCUAUUCCAAGCAGCCAAUGCGCAGAAUCGACGACUCAAAGAAGAAGUCCAGGCCGGACUCAAGACACGCGCGGAGGGCUCUUUCACUCAAGUGCGAAGCGACAUCGGCAUGGUCAAGGGUAUUGUAGAGUCUGAGAUGACGGAGGACGAUCUGAAAAAGGCUCUGAGCGCAACCAAGAAGAAUGCCAAGGCCACGGUCACCGACGAUAUCGCAUCUCUCGAAGCCUUGCCCAACAACCAGAAUCUCGUCGAGGAGGUGAAUGAACUGCUCCUCUGGGCCUAUCUUGGACCUUACUAUUACAGCGUUGAAGAGCUCGAAGGAAUCCUCUUCCUUCGCUUUGAAGCGACAUCCCUCAAGUCUCUACGAGAAAAGCUCCAGGGAACAUACUCGAAGCUUUUCGUUAUUGACUCGGACGGAGACGUCCUGCUGCAGGAACAUGUCUGGGAUACUGUUACGCUGGAGGACCGCGCGCAGAAAAGAGCUUCCAAUGAACGCACAAUCAGCAUCAAUAUUACAAUCACCAAUGCCGACACGGAAAGCAUCCAGCGCUUCUUCUGGGAUUUGGGCCGGUUUGGCGCCAUCGAUCAGUUCAAAUUCGCUCCAACUGGCAUCACCGCCGAUUCGUCCGGCUUCAGUCCCACCCAGAAGAAACGUAUCGGGAUCAACGAUAUCGACUCCCACAUGACUAUGCUCAAAACUGUAUUCUCACUCCUCUUCAACGCACCGAAUGAAACGACAGAGCUUGUCGGACCGAAACUUUUGGCCGGUCUCACAUCGCACUUGGAUAAAUUGCGCACCGCAACGGAGGCUGAUGAGCUGAGUGCCGAUGAGAGACGUUUCAUCGCGAGGAACCUCCUUGAUGUCUUCCAUAACCCUGAACACCUGGAGAAGCAUUGGAAGAGCACUGAGCUGCUUGGCUGGACGGAGAAUCAAUCCGAAAUGGACUAUAUUUGGGGCUGGCUGAAGGAUCCGGUAGCUAUCAGCAAGCUUGAAUCAUCCAAGGCAGAGUGGCUCGCUGCUGCGACUGAUGAUUGGAAUCCAACGAGAAAGUUGUUGACCCCGUUCAUGAAAAUGCUUGCCCGUCGAUGGUUGCAAGACAGGGAAUGGCAGCCACUUCGGCCCUGCGCUACAAUUUUGAAUGCACUGAUAAUGACUUCAGACGACAACCGAGGUAUUUCCGAUGCAGUAAACGUGGAGAACGACGCGUAUAUGUCUAUCAAACGCGACGAACUCGACCAAAUUCGGCCCUUCCUGAUCGAGAAAGCGUCCAACUGGAGCAAAAUUGCUCUUGAGAUCGAGGAGACGGAUUUCGUCUGGCAUGUAAGACUUGGAGAGACCUACAAUGGAUGCCAGCAACCAGAGAAAGCCCGUGAAGAAUAUGGCAAGGCCGCGAAAAUCCUUCAGGAUGACGAAGCAUCCGGAAAAGAAAUUGACAAGAAAGAACUUCGCGAUAUCUUCCUUCAAAUGGGAAGACUGUCUGCGGGUGAAGAAGAGCUUGAGUACUAUGAAAAGGCCCGUGAACUCGACCCUGAACACAUUGAAACUCGGUAUCGCAUUCUCAAGAACCGUAUUUCCAACUGUACGGUUGAGGGCCAGGCAGCCGUUGUCCGGGAGGCACUCACCACUGAAGAUGGACUGCACCCGGGCCUCUUGGAACCUAUCCUGGAGCUAGUCAUUGACGACUACAAAGCCGAAGUUAACAGUGACUUGGCUAUAUUCACCACAUUCAACGCAGUCAUUUCCGGUGCAUCGCUCAUCCCGGAAUGCUGGCCCGAGCUGCUUCAAUGUAUGGAUAAAGCAAUUGAAAGCGCCGAGAGUGAAAGUCGUCCCGAAGACCUUGCAAUUCUCCAUCUACACAAGGGUAUUGCGGCUUCCCUCUGUGGUGAGGAUCACACAUCGACAAAAUCUGAAGUGGAGCACUGGCAAAAGUGCUGGACAGUUGCGCGGGAGAAUAACUCUGUGAAAGCGGCUAACAGCGCCACGGCACUUUUGAUCGGCGAGAACAGCGAUGCUAGAAGUCUUUCCAGUUGUCUCUUGAUUCUCGUCGGCGAUAUACUUAGCAAGUAUCACUUUGAUCAAACUCGCCUCUUAUCCGACGGAGAUGAACAAUCCAUUCAGAACCAGAUCAAAGAACUGGAGAGGAUUGCCACGGAUCAAUUACCGGACGGAAUGUCAGGUUGGACAAGAGCCAAAUGCUAUCUCGCUUCUCAAUACGUGCUGCGUAACCAGGUCACCCAGGCCCAGGCUCUCUUCCGGUGGGACAUGGCAGUCGCCCUCACCAUCCUCACCGAUGAUGACUCCGGAAAUGACUGGGUAGGCUAUAGCAAGCUUGCCCAUCUCCUGACCCACGUGGGUGAUUACGAGAAUGCCGGCGUAGCAUACAAGCUCAUCCCAAGCGCCUUCCUGAACCAAGAGAUUCUAGCAGAACUAUUGAACAUUGGUGACGAAGCAGCAGCCACAGCCGCAACAAAGGUCAUCACGGACUUCUAUGCCUCAAACUGCUCGGAAGAUGAAACCCCCCUAAUCCAGGUCAUCACACUUCAGAGCGAAGUUGCCCGACUCGCCGAAAAAGCGACGGAAGAAGAAUCCCCGCACUGGAAAGAACUCGCCAGAAUCCUGAAGGGAUUCAACGACGUCCUCAUGCUGGAGUGGUUCAUCCAAUGCGACGGCUGUGAAGUCCACUGCGGAUUCGACGAGACCUUCUGGGCCUGCGGGUUCUGCUUCUGCACGCAUUUCUGCGAGAGCUGUCACCAGAGAAUAACUUCAAAGGAGAAUAUUUCUCAGGGACGGCCUAAGCUGCUUGUUUGUAGCGAGUCGCACGAUUGGUUCCGUCUGCCUGUUUGGGAUGCGAAGAGAUUUGCGUGGGCUUGUCGCGGACGAGUUCCGGCUAUUGAAACGGAUGGGCAGCUUGUGAUUUCUGCGGAGGGUGAGGCUAUUCCUGUGCGGAAGUGGUUGGGAUAUUUGUGUGGGAAAUGGGAAUUGAAUAAGGAGGAUUGGAAACUUGAAUGA